AAAAUAUAAAUUUCAUUUUAAAUUAAAAAUAAGCAGUUUCGAGUACAUGUGAAGUUGGGAAGUUUUAUCAUGACGCAGCGAAUUGCAGCGUAUAUUUUACCUGCUCUAAUGGACAAAAAUUACCACUUACUUGCCCUUUACCAUUAGUGUGGGACAAUAUUUUAUUGACAUGUUUUUGGAGCUCUAGCACAUGUCAAAUUUCUUCAUCGCUUCCUACUCUGUCGUCGGAAUCGCUUCCUCUUACUACAGAGUUGGUUACUCAAAUUGUCACUACUCAAGAACAGCUUCCGUUUACAAUUGAAACUCUCCAAGCAUCUACCGCUAUAGAAACAACAACCACACCCAAAUUUUUUACUACAUUACCUUCGACUGCUUCUAUACCUAAAGUUGCGGACACAUGUGAGAAUGGUAAAUACUAUUCAGACCCCAAUAAUUGCAGCAGGUAUUUUAUUUGCAACAACGGUCAAAAAAUUCAGCUUGCUUGUCCUGCAUCAUUAAAGUGGGAUAACACUUUACUUUCAUGUACAUGGACUUCAAGCUGUCAAGCAUCAGAUAAUAUAGUUAAAACUUCAGAAAACAGUUUUUCAAUUGCAACUUCUGCCCCAGCUACACUGACUACAAGGAGUAGCAAUAGUGCCUCUAACCAAAAAAGUUAUGUAAAAGCCAUUUUAUGUGAGCAAAGUAAAUGUAAACUUCCAAACUGCCGAUGUGCUAGUGAGGAGAUUCCAGGAAACCUUCGCAAAGAAGAUAUCCCACAAAUUGUCAUGUGGACAAUGGAUGAUGCAGUCAAUGCUAUAAAUUAUAACUUUUACAUGGAACUGUUCAAUAAUAUGAAAAACCCCAACGGUUGUCCUGUUGGAACUACAUACUAUGUUUCUGGUGAAUAUACAGACUUCAAUCUUGUUAAAAAUCUAUUUCAAAAAGGUCAUGAAAUUGCUGACCAUUCAAUAACACAUAGAAGUCCUAAUCUUUGGUGGAAAGAUAGCACAUAUAGCGAACUUGAGUUGGAAAUUAUUGGAGAAAAGAAAACGCUUGAAGAAAAGUCAGGGGCAAAAGUUACAGGAUGGCGAACACCUUUUUUAAGACCUGGUGAAACUUUAUACAGGGUUCUGGCUGACAACAAUUUCUUGUAUGAUACUUCACUGUCUACUCAUGCUGGAACUAAAUGGUGGCCUUUCACAUUAGACUACUUAAUCCCUAAAUGUGUUGAUGAGCCAUGUCCUGAGUUAUCUUACCCAGGUUUGUGGGAAGUCCCUCUGAAUCCUUUAUAUGAUGGUGAAAACGGUCCUGAAUGCUCCAUGUUUGACAGUUGUGUUCGUAGUUUAAAUGAUUCAAGUGAAAAUGUUUAUAAAAACUUUAUGUAUAAUUUUAACCGACAUUACAAAGAUAAAAAGCAACCAUUUUCAUUAUUUGGACAUUCUGCAUUCUUUUUGCACGAAAGUUUUGUUUACAGGCAACUAGGUUUUAAAAAGUUUUUAUCCGAAAUUUCUCGCCUGCCUGAUGUAUACUUUGUGACUGUUGAGCAAGCUAUUCGUUGGACGCAGAACCCGACACCAUUAAGUCAGUUAAAUACUUUUGCUCCAUGGUCAUGCAAGAAAAAGUAAAUAUUGGCCUAUGAUAAUAAUACUGCAUUAUGACGAUUUCUAUUUUGUAAUAGUGUUCAUGUUAUACAUAACAGUAUGAUUAUAAUUUUUAUUUACCAUUUUAUAUUUAUUUAUUUAACAGCAGGCAUUGUGGCAGCACUUUUUGAUGCUUUAGAAAGAUAACUUUCAGACACUUCGCGUCUGAAAGAUCAAGCAUAAAUAAGCAUAAACAUGCCCAAAAAAUUUGAAGUGAAACUUCAAACUUCCUGGGCAUGUUUAUGCUUAUAACAAAUGAGAUUUACAAAAAAUUAAAAAUCACAAACCUUUCAAAAUAAGGGAGUUAGAAACUUUACAUGGUCAUAAUUUUACAAAAGAACACUUAAAUAUUAUUGGAUUAAUUUGCGCGUGAUUUCAAGUCUAUCGAUGAAUAUAAAUUUAGUUUAAAGUAGUGAUGAUGUAAAACUCAGUAAACUAUUGCCCUCACAAUUGGGGUUGGGGGCACAGUUUUUAGGGUUUUUGUUAUUACAAGGCUCCAAUUGCAGCAAUUUUUUGCAAAGCAUUUUUAUUUUAUGUAAGCCAUAAACAUACACAAGAAAUUUGAAGUGUGCUCCGUGUCUGAAAGUUAUCUUUUUGAAACCUUAAAAAAAUCUGCUACAAUCCCUGACUAGUCAAUAGGCCGGGUGAAUAAAAAUGAGCAGUUGUUUUUACUCAACAAUUGGUCAGCUUUACGCGAAUAAAAGCAUAAGGAAUUUGACUUAAGUUUGUAUUAACAUAAAGCUGAGCAAUUACUGAGUAAAUUGCUUAACUUUACUCGAAUAAGAAUUUGACUUAAGUUUUUAUUCACGUAAAGCUGACCAAUUACUGAGUAAAAGCAAUUGCUCAUUUUUAUUCACCCGGCCUAAUGUUAAUGCUAUUGAGAAAUUGUAUUUACAUUGCAACAAGUUGUGUGUUAAUAAGAUUGCAUGUUGUUAAUAAUUUUAUAUCUCAAACACUUUUAUUUGGUGUUUUUUAAAUGUGCUUUAAAGAUACUUUUUAAUUUGAGAUUUUUAAAUGUGCAUGUAGGGUAAGAUACAAUUAACUUAUGUUUAUUAUGUGUUAAAAUUUUUUCUUUAUUUGGUGUUUUUAAAUG